AUGUCUAGAAAACAGAUAUCAAAAUCUGUGCGAAGCAAUAAAAAGAGUGAACUGGAACGGAAGAGGGAUGAAAGGGCAGCACGCCGGGCCAUUGUUAAGGACAGGAAGAACAGGCCUCAAGACGGCGACGAGGGAGCGGAGUUUGCCAGUUUCUCUAAUCAGCUCCAGGCGCUGGGUCUCAAGUUGAGAGAGGUUCCUGGAGAUGGAAACUGCCUUUUCAGAGCUCUGGGUGACCAGUUAGAAGGUCACUCUCGAGGUCACCUGCGGCUUCGCCAGGAGACAGUCCAGUAUAUGACGUCCCACCGACAAGACUUUGAACCAUUUGUUGAGGAUGACGUGCCAUUUGCACAGCACUUGUCUAACCUCUCUCAGCCUGGUACGUUUGCUGGCAACGACGCUAUUGUGGCUUUUGCUCGCAGUCAGCAAGUGAAAGUUGUUAUUCAUCAGCUGAAUACACCACUGUGGGAGAUAAAUGGUGCAGAGAAACAGGUGUGCAGAGAACUACAUAUUGCCUACCGCUAUGGAGAUCAUUAUGACAGUGUGAGGCGAAUUGGAGACAAUUCUGAGAGUCCUGCUCAGCUCCGCAUAGAGAAUCUGCAGAAUUCACAAGGCCAGCAACGUGAGUUUGGGGACGGUCAAAGGGAAAGAAAAAAAAACUCAUCUCCAACAGCAUCAGGGGAGGACAGUGUGAUCCUGAGCUCCAUCAAGAAUCGAGGAGUCCAGGGUGAAGAGGAGAACCUGCUUCAGCUGAGUGCAGCCACCAUCAAUGCUGAAUGGCUUGUUGGUUCUGUGCUGGACCUGUCCUGUAAAGGCCAGUGUGGCUCAUGCUCUGCCUGCAGAACAACAGCCACAGACUGCACUGAGCACAAGCAAUCAGUAGAGGGCGACAACAUACAAAAACCUAAGCAUCUUGGUGCCCGAUACCAGAGCGCACCUUCAGUGGAGUCCAGAGUUAAGCUCUAUUGGUAUCCAGCAAGCAGAGGAAAGAGCAGCAGCGGCAAGAAAAGAAGAAGCGUCAAGAGGAGAGGCAUCGGCAGAAGUUUCUUCAGAGCAGAGGCGACCAGGACCAGAACCAGAAUUUGCCAGAGGCUGUUACAUUGGUACCAGCUCUCAACACUCUCAGUAUAUAGACUGGCGCAUGUUUCAGCCACUGGUGACUGAUGCUGUACAAAAAGAAGUUUGACUGUAUCGCAGUGGAUGACUUUCCUGAAGAGAACCCUAUAGUUUCCUGGCGAUCAGUAACAGUGCCUGUAAACCUGCGUGGGUGAGUUGCGUGAAUGUUUUAGAAGAGAGUGAAACAGCAUGAAUUCCUGUUUUUGUUAAAUUCUGAUUUAGUUCUGUCUCUGGCUAUUUUAUGUAGAAUCUCCCCAGUCUUUUAGCGCUGGACAACUGGCUUUUCAUGACAGCCACACAGAUAAUCUCAUGUAGCUGGGCUUUUCCAUUUGCUACAAAUUAAGUUAAAGUGUAUCCAGAUCUUCAGGACCAUUCUGUUUGUUCCAUCUGACCAAAGAAGAAAAUAAAGGAAGAAUGGCAGAA